ACACGAGUAUAUAAAUAUUGAACCGAAUGGUCAGAACACACACAGAAGCAGAUGAUUUUGGGGAGGCGAGAGUUGCCGUCACUGCUUUCCGAUCAAAAACAGCAACUGUUGAGUGUUAGUCAGGUUGUGGAGAGGCCUGCUCGUAGAAUGGUAAAGGUGGAAGAGACUGAAGGUCCUGAAUUUAAAUGGGGAAUGAAGAAAGCAAUUGGUGGAAAAAACAAAGCCACACAGUUCUAUAAAUCUUUUACUUUCGACGGGGAGCAGUAUGACCUUUAUGACUGUGUUUAUCUUUACAAGGAAGGCGAGCCAGAGCCUGAGAUUGGUAAGAUAAUAAAAAUGUGGGAAACUCCACAAAGGAUAAGGAGAGUGAAAAUCCUAUGGUUUUUCCGUCCUUGUGAGAUUAUCAAUUUUCUCGGUGAUGAAGAGAUACUCGAGAACGAGUUGUUUUUGGCAUCUGGUGUUGGUACAGGCCUUUAUAAUCUGAAUCCAGUGGAAGCCAUUGCUGGAAAAUGCAAUGUUCUGUGCAUUUCAAAGGACAAGGAAGAUCCUCAACCUUCAGAUGAGGAGCUUCAAAAGGCCGAUUUUGUAUUUUACAGAACCUUUGAUGUUUCGCUGCAGAAAAUCAUGGAUAAGAUAGAGGGGAAAAUUGCUGAUGUUGAUGUUAAAUUCCUUUUUAACAGAAUGAAUAUUCAGAAGCCUGCUGGCGAUCUGAAUGUUGAUUUAGGAAAAAACAAAGUUUGUGGUAAUGACACAACAAGUAAUGAAACAAUGGUUCCAUCAAAGCAAAACUCGUUUAAAGAACACAUAAAUUUAGAGACAACGGGAAAUUCUUUUGAUAAGCAUAAACUUUGUGUGGAAAAGCGGAUAUCUGCCGUAGGUUUAGAAUCAAGUGAGAUGGAUAAAACUGAUGAAAGACAACAAGAUAUGUCAAGUCCUAAGACUGUCUUAAGUUCUAAAGGUAAAAGUAGGGAGGAAGAGGUUAAUCUUGACAACGUUCUUCCAAGAAAGCUUGAGGUGGAAGAAACAAUCUCUACUAAGGAGGUUGGUGAUUUGGACAAUAGACCAACUAAGAAGGUGAAGCUUGAUACUAGUAAAGCAUCUAGUGACGAUAGAAAUAGUCACGAGCAAAGACAUGUUGAGGCGGAAGAAAAUAGCAAUAAUAGAAAGAGUAAUGCUAUAUUGGAGCACACACAACUUGAGAAGGCAAACAUGAAUGCAAGCCGAAGUAGCGAGCAUAAACACAAGAUCAAUGCUAAUGGGAGUUAUAUGAAGGAUUUAUCACCAAUUGCUUCUCCAGUCGAUGAAAGAUGUAAACGCAAAGGUGUAGAGGAUACUAUUGGGACAAAUAAAAGCCAUACCAAGAAGAUGAAGCCCGAUGGUAACGCAACGAUUCCUUCCAAUGACAAGUUGCCCAAAUCAUUGCAUGGAGACGGUAAAAGUAAGGCCCAAAAGGCUUUAUCACCAAGUAGCUCCACCAUCGAUGAUAAGUGUAAACAUAAAGAUGGAGGGGAGUCUUUAGUGGUGGACAAAGACUCCAAGAAGAAGAUGAAGGUUGGCGAUAAGGCGACAAGUCUUUCCACUAGCAAGCCACCUAGACCAACCCCAAGGCCGCCUAAAAAUAAGGCCCAAAAGUUUGAUGGUCAAGUGUUGGAAGUCACCCGACAUUCGGAUGCGAGUAAUGUUGAUGGGAAUGAUAAUAAGACUUCAUCACCAAUUGCUUUUGGAUUUGAUGAUUCGCUUGGGAAACACAAAGCCCCUUUCGAGAAGAUGAAGUCCGAUGUUAAGGCCCCAAGACUUUCCAAUAGGGAGUUGCGUGAACAAUCUUCCACACAGUCGCAAAAUAAGUCCCAAAAGUUAGAUGGUCAAGUUGUGGAAGUUACUCAACGUCCGGGUGCGGAUAGAAGAAAGUGGUUCAAGAAGUUUCCCUGGCAAGAGAGAAUGCAAGCUGCACAUGAGCAAGGAACCCUCAUUUUGCUUCAGAAUUUGGAUCCAGCUUACACGUCAGCAGAAGUGGAGGAUAUAGUAUGGAAUGGAUUGGGGGAAAGUUGCACAGCUAAGAUGAUUCAGCAGACUGCAAAUUCCAGCCCUUACUCUGGACAAGCUCUUGUUAUUUUUAAAACUCGGGAAACAGCGCAGAAGGUUGCUAGAAAAUUAGAGGAGGGCUGCCUGUUAUUGUCAAAUGGAAGACCUCUAGUUGGCAGCACUGCAACAACUCCUUGUUCCACAGAAAAGAAGCCACAUUUUUUUGGUCAUCUAGUCAUUGAUAAACUUCGGCACCCAAUGCUAAACGAAAGGGAAAUGAAAGAAGCUGUUUCUACUUCACAUUUUUCCCAGCCUAACACUAUUGAAUAUGAUAUGUCCAUGGAAUGGUGUGCACAACAAGAGAAAUCAGAUCUUUUGUGGAAGAACCUGUAUAAGCAACAAUGGAAGGAGGUGAGAGAACUCAAAGCUAAACUUAAGGCCAAAUGAGCAGUGUUGGGAUUGUGAAAUUCCUCUUCUUGAAAGCUGAUGGAAGGAGUCAAGGAUGGGGUAACUUGUUGGUUGGGCAUUUGCAAUUGUAUGUGUGCAAGACCCAUUUCCUGGUGUUUUGGAAUCAAUCGGAAUUUUCUGAGCUGUGAAGGGAAUCACCAGAUAGCCUGGUUGAUCCGAGCUCCAUCAACUGUAAAUUCAUGUCAUGUUAAUGAAUAUCCAGUUUUUGUACAGUAUUUCAUCAUACCAUUAUGGCAAUCUAAUGGCAGAAUAUUUUACCAGA